CACUCGAUAUAUCGAUAGCUAUCGUUCCAGCAGGUGUGAAAUUUUUAAAUUGGCUCGUAAUUUUCUUGAUCGUCGGGCAAAAAUGGAAUUUCAGCGAAACGAUGCCAUGCUUAUGGAAAUACUGCAAGAUCGAAAGACCAUCGUGGGAUUCCUGGACUCCAUGUUUGGAUUUCUGCGUCGCAACACCGACUUUUAUCACACGAAAAAGGAUGAGGCUGACCAAAUUGGAUUUCCCAAGGGUAUGCGGGAUCAGAUUCUUUAUGGAGCCAUGCAGCGCUACGACCCGGACUGCUCUCUUCAAUCAAUGAACGUCGAGAGUGAAAUGGUGGACAAUGGCACGUUCGGUCUGCCUGUCGUGGAGGAAGUAAUCGUGGAGAGCAGCGAUGCACCCAAAAGUGAGCCGAAAAAUCCACAACAGAAGACUGCGUCAGCCGAGUCUGAGUUUUCCCUCAUUGACUACAAGAAUGGAGCUGCCUUUGCGAGCCACUGCUGGUCGCAGACGUUAAAGGAUCUGGAAGUUCAAGUGAAGCUGCCCGAAGAGCUGAAAAUAUCUAAAAAUCUGAAUAUAGAGAUCAAGGCCCAAUGCCUUAGGGUGAGCAGCAAACAGAAGCCAGACCAUUUUAUUCUAGAGGGAAAUCUUAGCCAGCGGAUCAAGCAUAACGAAGCCUUGUGGACCAUUGACCACGGCAUGCUGCACAUCAGUUGUGACAAGGCCAAGGAGCUGUGGUGGGACCGACUCUUCGAGGGUGACGCUGAAAUUGAUACCAAGAAAAUUGACUGCGAGCGCUAUAUAGACGAUCUGCCCGACGACACACAGGCGACCAUAGAGAAGCUGCGAGUGCAACAGCUGGAGGCGGAUAAGAGACAAAGCCAACUGCAGGCUGCCAAUCCGGAGCAGGCCAAAACCAUGGAACGUCUACGCGCCGCCUGGGACGCUGAGGGUUCACCCUUUAAAGGACAACCCUUUGAUCCGUCCAUUGUUAGGAUGAGUUAGUCUUUAAUGUGUUAUACGUUCAGCUUAAAUAGGAACUAGAGCUAAAUG